CUGGAGGAGCUGUUCCGCCGCUACUCGGGGGAGGACCGCGUGCUGUCGGCCCAGGAGCUGGCCGAGUUCCUGCGGGACCAGGGCGAGGAGGCUGGGCUGGCCCACGCCAAGCAGAUCAUCCAGACCUACGAGCUCUGCGAGAGAGCCGACCCCCCGGCAGGGCGUUCACGGAGGGCUGCCAGAGGGGAUUGGGGGUCUGGGGGGGCCAGGGCGCCGGGCUGGCCCCCGGCUGAGCCGACCCCCCGGCAGGGCGUUCACGGAGGGCUGCCAGAGGGGAUUGGGGGUCUGGGGGGGGCAGGGCGCCGGGCUGGCCCCCGGCUGAGCCGACCCCCCGGCAGGGCGUUCACGGAGGGCUGCCGCUGUGUGGAGCUGGACUGCUGGGAGGGCCCGAACGGGGAGCCGGUCAUCUACCACGGCCACACCCUCACCUCCAAGAUCCUCUUCCGCGACGCCAUCGAGAGCAUCCGGGCCUACGCCUUCCAGCACUCCGCGUACCCCGUGAUCCUGUCCCUGGAGAACCACUGCGGGCCGGAGCAGCAGGCCACCAUGGCGCGGCACAUGAGAGCCAUCUUGGGGGACAUGCUGCUGACCCAGACGCUGGAUGGGCUGAGCCCCAUGGAGCUCCCGUCCCCGGAGCAACUGAAAGGCAAGAUCCUGGUGAAAGGGAAGAAGCUGCCGGACCUGGAGUGUGACCCCAAGAACUCGAGCGUCCUCUUGGAGAGCAAUGGGGAGGAGGAGGAGGAGGAGGAGGAGAGGAUGCUGCGGAGAGCCGGCAGGAGGCGAGAGGGCGGCCAGGACGCUCAUUAA